AUGGCGUAUCGAAGACCUACUGCCCCUACUGCUCGGUCUGACAAUUUGGAAAAUUUGGUAAGACAGGUUGUUAAUCAUCCCAGUUUCCAAGAUGCUGUUAAUAACAGUACUAGUCAGCGUGUGAAUGAAAGUACUUCAAGCAGUAGCAGUGAAUCUCAUACUGAUGGAAGUUGCGAACCUUCUGUCAGUUCUGUCGAGGGUUCUGCAACUUCUGUGCAGGCUGGACUGAAUGUUGCGAGUUCUUCAAAUCAGAACAGCGCCAGACGCACACCACGUGAGGAGCUUCAAGCAUUGUUCCACAGAGGGACUUCUAAUUUUCAGCAAAGCCUUCCUCAAUUUCAGCGAAGAACUAGUUGGGGCCCCUCGCCCUCAUCCAGAUCCCGAUCUGGAAGUCAGGGAAAGCUGAAGCCUUACACUAAUACUAAUACUAAUAGCAGCAAGGGCAAGAACUCGAACAAAAAAACAACAUUUGCCCGGGAAGUUGUGCUUCUUCGUCGUCCGUCAGAUUCAAUGGUUCGAGGUGGGGCUAAAGCGGAACUGCAGCGUUUGGGGCACGCUAUAAGCUCAUUUGAGUUUGAUAAGUUAUGGUCUGCUAAUGAGGUGCAGGAAAAACUAGAAGAGGCAUUCAAGAAGCCUCUGGAGAGUAUUGACGGUGUUUUGGACAAUCAGUCGAA